AUGUUCUGGCUGAUGGGUGUAUAUCUUCUACGGAAUCGGGCCAGGGGAGAAUAAACAUCUGGCUCAGACCAGCGGGCUGCUCGUUGCCUGUUGAGGACCAUAUGACAGAUGGAGAGGGAGUGUAAGCCUCGCAACACUUCCAUUUUUGACGGUACUCACAGUUGCCUUCCCAAAAUAGCCUUCACUCCACAGCCUUAUAUGUGCAGGGCUUCGGCGUGCUCCUUCGGAGGCAUCGUGUAUCUAGGCCACACGAUGUUGACUACAGGCUCAUUGUUGCCGUGUUUUAGCAGGCCUAUCACUACGCCGGGCAGGAGGCCUCCUUCCGCUUCUCACGUCAGCUCGCCAUGCAUCUCACCCAGCUCAACCGCGAAUGCCUGCUGCACCUCUUCUCCUUCCUGGACAAGGACAAUCGGAGGAGUCUGUCCCUUACCUGUCAGCAGCUCCACGAGGUCUUCCUGGAUCCCCGUCUCUGGUCGCUGCUCUGCUUUAGCUCUCCGUGCCAGUUGAGAAGGGACAACUUUGUGCUCGGUCCCUCGCUGCGCUUCCUGACUAUCUGCUGGCACUCCAGCAGGGUCCAGCUAGUGUGUAACAUUGAAGACUGGAUGAAGACCUCGUUUCAGAAGGAUAUCUGCAGUAAGCACCAAAGUCUGGUCAGCACUUUUCUGGCUCAUGUCUGCCACAUGUGCCCCCACCUGCUCUCGCUGACCCUCUCUGGCUGCGGACACGUCACCGACGACGACGUGGUCUCCGUGCUGCGGUGCUGCGGGAAGCUGCGCUGGCUGCGCCUCGAGAACUGCGUCCGCGUUACCGACCGCAUCCUGCAAGCUGUGGUGGACCACGGCGGCGGCCUAGAGGAGCUGCAGGUGGAUUUCUGUCGGAACAUCACCUGGGCGGGGCUGCGGGUCGUCCGGGACAGGAGGCCAGCGGUUCGACUGAGGGCCGAGAGGAGUGCCAGCAUGAUCCCCGACUGCAGGCCCGAUGAGAUGCCCAAGAGCACGCUGCAGAAGAUCCUGCACUUCUCCUGAUGGCGACACGCCGCCGCGGCGGAGGCCUACGAGAGCGGCCUUGGCAAGGGACCCCAGGGAGGAGCACUGAUGUGAUAGCUGUGCUCAAGGUUUGAACUUGUUGCCGGAGUACGUUCAGGUUGUGUGUUGUGUUUUUGUGUUGGAUUCAUAACCGCUUUUGAUAGAAAUGCUUUUUGCAUACAAGCUUUGAUAUUGAGAUAGAUCGCCUCUGUUGACCAGCCAUUCCCUUUUAUUUUCCUUUUCUCAGAUAAGUGACUCUAUCUGCGCUAAUAACGUUCAAUCAAGAUGACUGCCACACCAAAGCAUUUAAUAAACGAACUGUA